UAACUCUGUGGCCUGUUGUCAACAAAAAAGUAGAAGGGACGUAUUUAAUUAAAAGUUUCGUCCAGUUCGGUUCAGUUUUAGGAAAAAAAUACGGUAUCAAUAGGUUUUAUGUGCAGUGUGUGUAGUCAACAAUGCGUGUGUCCAUAAAUACACCCGAGGAUUGUACUAUUAACGAACAGUUUAUCAAGUUGGUACAGGAAACACCAAUGCUUUGGAACCUGCACCUGCCCCAGUAUCGUAACCGGGAAUUGAAGGAGCAGAAAUGGGCCGAAGUUGGCGCCUUAUUUAAUCUUAGUGGUACCGAUGCGUAUAAGAAAUUUGUUGCUCUGCGAGAGAAAUACAAGCGGGAACAGAAAUUGCGUGAAUCUAAAAGCAUAGCUCUUAUUGAAUGUUGGCGGUUGUAUGACAAUAUGAAAUUUCUCGAUACAGUUUCCUUCUCUAGGGACCGGCGAUGGACCAAACCCAAGCACAUCAUCAAAAAUCAGAAAGGACCUCCAAUGGUGCUUCUGAAGCAGGAUCUAGCCGCCUUGAUAAAAUCCGAAUUUCCCGAAAUGCACACCAGCUCAACCCCAACAUCGCCCAGUUAUCAGAUUUCCGGCGAACCCUCGGAAAAUGGAUCCAACGAGACGUACCACGACAAUUCCGAUUUUUACAAUGAGUCAACCACACAGGGUGCCAAUUCGGACGGCGCAGAUUACGGCGAGCGAAUUGAAAGUAUUCCCGAUGUCCAUCUUAUGGCAGCAGAUACCAAUCCUGGUUCAUCACACGAGUCCAAGAUUCUUCAUCGACUGGAAUCGUCAACUUCUGGUGUGUUGGAGAACUACGACCGGCGAAAACACAGCUGGGCGCGGUGCGAGACCCUCGGGCAGCGAGUGGCUCAGACGAUGUACGCUUUGGAGGAACAUGAUCCCGAUCUGGCGUUGAAGUUCGACAUUAUGUUGAGUGAGUCAAUCACUAGUAUCAAGAAAGACCAACUGCAGCGGCUGAUGAGUAGAAAACAGAUGCAGCAGGAGGAGCAACAACGGAAUCGAAAUUCUGAAGACAGUAGUUUACGUUGAUAUUGUCUGGAGACGAUUGAUGAGCAUGAAUAGGAAUCUAUCGACUGAUACGAGCUAAACCCGAAUUAUUCACAGUAUUUAUUGGCACCACAAUAGAUUGUGUUAACAUAAGAUUCUUCUCUGAUACUUAGGUUUACGAUUGACACCAUUAGCGCAAUGUGGAUACAAACUCAUCGAGUCAUUACCAUCCAGAAAAUUGAUACAUACUUAGAUUGUGAUAUUGAUAAACCAAUAUAUGACAAGAACAAUACCCAUUGUUUU